AUGUUCUGGUUGUCUUACGGUUUUGUGCUUCCAUCUGUAGGCGAAAGAUCUCUCGUGGUUGACCACGAAAACAUGCGGUUCCUCAAGGAUGGCAAGCCUUUUCAGUUCGUGGCCGGAGCCAUGCACUACUUCCGCAUACCACGCGCUUACUGGAAGGACAGGCUUCGCAAAGCACGCAUGGCCGGUAUCAACGCCGUGGACUUUUACGUCGAAUGGAGCAGCCACGAACCAGAGCCGCAGGAGUACAACUUCGCCGGCAUGUACGACGUCAUCGCGUUUCUUAACGAGGUCAAGAACGAGGGCCUGCUGGCCGUCCUGAGACCUGGACCUUACAUCUGCGCAGAGAGGGACAAUGGAGGCUUUCCAUACUGGCUGUUGAGACUGCAUCCCAAGAUGAUGUACCGUAGCAUGGACGUCAACUACCUGAACAUAACUGACAGGUGGCUCGACAAGCUGCUUCCAAUGCUGGUGCCGUACUUGUACAAGAACGGCGGUCCCAUCUUCGCUGUUCAGGUGGAGAACGAGUUCGGACACUACAAGCACUGUGACCCUAACUACAUGGACCACGUGCUCUCUAACCUGGAAAGACACUUCCACCAGGAUGUCAUCUACUUCCGCAACGACUUUCCGGAGGAGUACUACUACACGUGCGACAAGGUUCGCGACAUUUUGGUCGCCGGCAACUUCGACUACACCCAGGAAAUCAAAAAGAUGUUCGCUGUCAUGGACUGGGGGCAGGUCAGUCCCUGCCCGCGGUUUGUCGCUGAGUAUUACACUGGUUGGAUGGAUCACUGGACUUUCGAUCGUCCCAACAGGAGCAGCCUCGUGUUGGUUGACCGUUUCAAGGACCUUAUGAAGAUGGGGGCCUCCGUGACUCUCUACAUGUUUCACGGGGGCACCAACUUCGGCUUUAAAUCGGCCAUCAGCAUGGAUACUCCCAUAGUGACCAGUUACGAUUACGGUGCCCCCAUCGCCGAAGACGGCUCAUUGACGCCCAUGUACUAUAAGCUCAGGGAUGUCAUCAAGGAGUUCCUCCCGCUACCCAGUGGUGAGCCUCCGGGACCCGCGAAGAAACUCAACUUUGGGUCUGUCAAGUUGAAUCACUACAAGGGGAUUCGAGACGUGUUGAACCACUUCAGCGAUAAGAACUGGCUCAACCGAAAGCACUCCAAGUAUCCGAUGACGUUCGAAGAAGUCGGACAGGACUACGGAUUUGUGAUGUACACAGCACAUGUGAAUGUGGAUACGAACGGCAAAGGAAAACUCAAGUUGCACGGACUCCGUGACAGAGCCCACGUUUUUGUGGGAAACACGAGGUACAUCUUCUACAGCUUCAAGCCGGUAGUUGCUCAGCCCAAAACGGAGGGCAAGAUAUCGGUAAAGAAAGGUGAUAAACUUGUUAUUCUUGUGGAGAACAUGGGAAGAGAUCAAGUUGGUAACCGUAACCAUGACCGCAAGGGAUUGCAGAACGUCACGCUCAACGACAAGCACAUAACAGAGUGGACCAUGGAAGUGGUCCCACUGACCAGGAACCAGGACGUGACGCUGCUCAUGUCUAUCGUCAAUAGCGAGGGUGACGGCAAGCUACCGGGCUUCUUCGCCGGAAGUUUCAAGCUUCCGGACAAGCAGGAGCCCUUGGACACCUUCUUCGACCCCACGGGUUGGGGCAGGGGCAUCGUUUACGUGAACGGCAUCAACCUGGGUCGCUACUGGCCCAUGGCCGGCCCCCAGGUGCGCCUCUACCUUCCGGGUCCGUUCCUGAGAAAGCAUCCCGAGGAGAACAAGCUGUUGCUUUUCGAGGUGGACCGCGUGCCGGACGACAGGACCGUCAAGCUGGUCGACCAGCCUUGGCUGAAUGCCCCCGGAAAUUUGCCUUCGCCUUGAUUUUGUGUGGCUAUGAUAGUAAGCACUUUUGUCGCACGACAGGAGUCAGACAUGUUAGUCGGAAGGCUUUAUACCAACUUCAACCGCGUCCACUGGGAGUGAUACCAAGUGCGGUACGUUCAAGCUAAUGCGAAAGCAUAAGCAUGCAUGACCGGCAUGUGAAACGCAAACAGCGACAAGUGCAAGCAAUGGUAUAGUGGGCGCCAUUUAGGCAUCAGCAUGGACAUGCGCAACACACUGGUUCGACAGUACUGCACAUGUACAUGCUGACUUCUAAACGGUUCGCACUAUACCAUUGCUAAUGAUGUCCGCUGUUUGCGUUUCAUUGGACAUCGAUAGCUCCGGCGGCUAUCAAAAGAAACGCCAAUAUCGCGUCUGUCUUUAUCUGUCUUUCAGCAUGGUCCUAAGAGAAAGACUUUUGGUCUCGUUCUUGAAGAUAUUCCGGAUGGCUAUUGUUUCUUUGUUACCAGCCAGGCUACAACCGCUUGAAAAUAUAGGCGAACAGCAGAGUCGGCAGAUGUUGUUCUGUUUGCGUGUCUUUCCGUCGCAAUGAUACUUUUCGAUUGGUGUUACACGCCGCCUGUAAAAAUAAAGAAUAAAAAGAGUACCUGCACCCAAA